AUGCACGACGACAAGUCGACCUCGCUGCCUCACUCGGCCUCUAUACCGCGUCUGUCGCCCCAUGAAGUCGCCGGCCCUGCCCUCUACGAACCCUCCCCGGCCUGGAGAUCCUUCCCUCCCCCCCCGUUCGACCAUGGCGAUCCUCGUCGCCCCGCGCCUCCGGCCGCCGCCUACCCAGUCCUGCCCAAUCCGCACGACACCCCCCCGCCGCCGCCUUACGGUCGCCCUCCGGCCCUGACGGCUCCUCCUUCGCGCUCUCCCCCAGAGCCUGGCGGUGUUGGCAUCGGGAUGGGCGUCCCGAGUCAUCAUCACCCCGUGGUUUCCGCUCCUCCUCCGUCUAUACCUCCUCCUUCGCAUCAUCCUACCUAUCGACCUCCCUCCGGUCCGCCUCACGAUCCCACUCCUCCUCCUCCUCCUCCUCCGCCGCUGCCGCCUCACCAUCCACAUUCCGCGCCCCCUGACUUUCGCCCGCGCAUGUCCUUUCCGCCACAGGAACCGCUAUCGGUCUCCUCCGCCGGCCCAGAAAUGGCUGCCCAUGUCGCCAUGGCACCUCCGCCAGGGCCCUACGGGCCCCCGUUGUCUCAUACCCCGGCUCCCUAUGAUCAGGCCUACUACCAGAGCCAGGCCUUUAAUAUGCGCCAACGCAAGCCUGCCCGUGCCGUCCAGGCCUGCGAUCAAUGUCGUGCCCGCAAGGCAAAGUGUGAUGAGGGUCGUCCGGCCUGUAGUCACUGCAAAGAGAACAAUCUCAUCUGCGUCUACAAGGAGGUUCCGCCGCACAAACAAGAAAAAGCUACCCAAGUACUGAUCGAUCGCAUCCAACAGCUCGAGGAUCGGAUGGAGGUGCGGAUGCGCGAGCUCCAGAAACUCCAGGUCGAGCAUACGGCCGUCUUGGAGCGCUCGGUGCCCCAAUGGGCUGCAGACCCGCCAAAACCCUCGCUGCUCAAGGACCCCGGGAGGCCCCUUCUUGCCUCCAAGGAAAAGUUGAUUGCCCAAAAGGCCGCCUUGGACAAGCUGUUGAAAUCCGACGCCGGCCUGGGCGCCGGGGGCGAUUCCGGCAAAGAUCCCGAGGCCGCCACCACCACCAUGUUGCGGACCGUCUCCAUGGCGGCUCCCUCCACGACCUUGCUGGGAGGAGCUCCGUCCUUCCUCCCCAGCGACAUGUUGGGCGGGGUCGUCACGACGACAACGACCCCAACCGCUUCCACCAUGGCACCCACUACGGCCAACAAAUCGCUCUCCUCCUCCUCCUCUUGCUCAUCUUCUUCCUCGGUCCUGACCGCCGGCACCACGGGGAGUAGUAUCAUUAGUAUGAUGAACGGCACCAACGUCCCCUCCUCGGACGUCCCAGUUGACGGUCCCACCACCUCCUCCGCUGCCUCUGCCUCCGCUGCUGCUGCUGCUGCUGCUGCUGCUGCUGCUGCUGCUGCCGCCGCCGUCAACCCAACCGCCGAGGAGGACGGCGAGCUGUCGAUCCCCGUCGAACACACCACGGCCGCGCAUAAACUCCUGCUAUGGCCAUCGAUCCAGGCGCUAUUGUCCCAGAAAUUCUACAGCGAGGACUACGUCAUGACGCUGGAGGAGGAGCGCGGCUUGAUCCGCGUGUAUGGCCGGGGCGAGGGCGCCGAUACGAGCGAGAUUCCCGAUUCGUCGAUGCCGAUGGGGGCGGCACCCCCCAUCCAGUCGACGGCCAUGUCCACCUCGACCUCGACCUCGACGGCGAGCGUGUCCUCACCGGCGUGGGAGGACCCUUACGCAACCCGCCCGUCACCCAUGGGCCAUUGGAACCCGGGCCCCGCCCAUGGCAUCUUCGCCAUGGAGAACCGGCACGUCGGCGGUCUCGACGAAACGGGUAUCCUGCACACCGACCCGGACACCCUGCGCCACUUCCAUCGCAUCUACAUGGACCACAUGCACAAGCUGCACCCGUUUCUCGACCAGACCGAGCUGGAACACCAAGUCGAACGCUUCCUGCGCGCGUACUGUCCGCCUGUCGGGAGUAAUAAUGGUCCCGCUGCUACCACGGUUCCAGGGCCCGGCUCGGGCCCGCCGGACGGCCCGCGCGGCGCCAAGCGCAAACGAUCCAGCGAUACUCUACCGCUGGGAGACACCAUCCAGAUGUCCCCCCCACAGGCCGAACAGCAUCAACACCGGUCCUUUUCAUCGCUCUCGGCAGCUUCUUCUUCUGGCGGAGGGGUAGCACCGGUGCCCGUCCGACGACCGAUCGAAAAGUCCAUCUCCAACGCUAUCGUCCUCCUGGUAUUUGCCUUGGGGAGUAUCUGUCAUUGGCGUGAUAGUCCUCUUCCUGGCCCUGUACGGGAAAAUCCUCGCGAGUUCCGAUCCGAGGGUAACUCCCUUGAUCGGCCAGAUGGUGGUGUGUUUCCUUCGCCGACGGUGGGGAGCGUCCGAUCGGCCUCGAUGUGCCGAGAGGGGACAGGGGGAGGAGGAGGAGGAGGAGGGGGAGGAACAACAGGAACAACAGGAACAACAGGAACAACAGGGACAGCCGGGACGGGAGGACUCGAUGGCUCCUCCUCUUUUUCUUCCUCGUCAGGUCAGCAGCGCAAUCUAGACGCCAUCCCGGGGUUGGCAUACUAUGCGUACGCGACCUUCAUCCUAGGUAACUUGCAGGGAGGGAGUGAAUUGCCCCAUGUCCAGGCCGCCCUGCUUGCUGGCCUGUAUGCCGGACAGCUGGCACAUCCCUUCCAGAGCCACGGGUGGAUCUUCCAGGCGGCCCGCGCCUGCCAGGUCCUCGUCCGGCCGAAACGGUACGACAAGAUGAAAGAUGGGCCGCUCAAGGAUUUGUUCGACUUUGCCUACUGGACUUGUCUGCAGCUGGAGAGUGAUAUUCUGGCUGAACUCGACCUCCCCGCCAGUGGAAUCUCCCGGUCUGAAGGCCGCAUCUCUCUGCCCAAGGGCCGAUUCACGCUGAGUCUGCCCAAUGAGAUCCGCGCCCCGAGCACAAUGAUGAUGUUCUAUUACUCUGCGCAGAUCCAUCUGCGGAAAGUCUUGAACAGAGUACACACGGAUCUCUACAAGGCUGAAACUACGUACAUGUCUAGUCUGUCGGACCUGGUGGACCCGAAGCUACUCGAGCAUCUUCUCAAACGUACCAUCCAGUUCCUACUAUUCAGCAAGAACAUCUCGCCGAGUCUACGUGUAGACGCGCAGAUCCUUACGGAGAUUUAUCAUAAGAUCUUCCACCGGGUGCCUGAGAUCUAG